UUUGUUUUUCGGGCCUGUCUGCCACAUAUGCGGAAGAAUGGGACGUUGCUGUGUGCCAAACUGCAAAGGGAAUUACGACACUGGCCCCAAAGUACGACUGUUCGAGUUCCCUCGCAAUCCUGAGCGGAGAUCACAAUGGCAGCGAGCUGUGCGGCGCGGCGACAUAGAUGUUGCAAAGCUUAAGAAUCCACUGGUAUGCGAACGUCACUUCAAAGAGGAAUCUCUCUGCACGACGACAAAAUAUGCAGAUUGCGACGGUCGCACCAUUGAAGUCAAGAUGAAAUUGACGCGACUCACGCACGAUGCUGUGCCUACAAUUUUUCCGGACAGCCCUGACUACCUGUCGGAUGCUCACCAAUCGAGAGAAGAACCAGGGAGUAAGAAAAAACGAAGAGAAGAUGAGCAACUUCAGAAAGCUAUUGAGGAGUCCAUGCUGGCGCACAAGAAGGAGUUGGAAGAAAACAAGUUAUCAUGCCUGGACGACAUAAAUUCUCGCCGGCACCUGCUACAAGAAAAAAAAGUAUUGGUCAGUAGUGAACGCCGACGGCCAUGUCAUCUUUGCGCACAUCGAGGCAACAAUUGAAGAAGUUCCGAAUCUUAUUUCGUCUAUAUUCAUAUCAUCGGAUAUGUCUGUGCGCGUCAUUGUGUGAGGUGUUCGCCUUACGUCAGACGAACGGCUUGACAUUCCAGAAGUAGUUCACGACAUGCGUGUGCUGGUGCAACUUCUGGACGGCGUACAAAAGUACUGUCGUAGAAGAGAACUUGGAAAAGAUGAAAAAGUGAAUGGAGUGUUAAAGCUCGUGGUUUCCCCCCUCGAGGAUAUUUCUAGGGAAGACCUUUUGGAGGAUGAAAGAGUAGAAGCAAUAAUGUUUCUCAGGGAACAGUGCCAGCUCCUGAUGAGACGAAGCAAAAGGUAUUCAGCUGAACUAUUAAUUCUUUCAACUGUGUUUUACACUAUUUCUCCCCAUGGUUAGAACUUUUUUGCGAAGCAGUGGUAACAUCGUAUUGCCUCACCCUUGGACAAUUAAACGUGUGUGUGCCGCUCAUGAUGUGAGCCCUUUGAAGGAACAAAAUCAAGAAGGGUUCUUACGGUACAUGAAAAGAAGGGCCAGCCUACUGCAGUUGCAUGAAAGAAAUGUCACAUUGAUGCUUGAUGAAAUACACUUGCAACAAUUCUUUGACUACAAGGCAGGCAGGUUAACAGGAGCUUCUGUUAACAGCAGUGAA